AUGCCAUUUUAUCUUUUCGAAUCAAUAUUAGGUCGCGACGCAAUCAAAAGAUUGGGUGAUGAGACAGGGAAAGUAGAUCGGCUGAGCAGCUUGCCAGAUUCUUUGCUAGAUGAGAUACUCUUGAAUCUCCCGACAAAGGAUGUGGUUAGAACUAGUGUCUUAUCCAGCAGAUGGAGAAACCAGUGGAGAUUCGUACCUAGAUUAGACUUGGAUUACAAGGAUUUCUCGGAGUUCGACGCUUUUGUGAGUUUUGUCGAUAGUUUUCUAGGUUUUAACAGCGAGUCGUGCUUGCCAAGUGUUAGGUUAAAGUAUGGGAAGCCGGAGCCUGAUCCUGAUCCUGAUGCUGCUAUUAUCCGGCGGUGGAUCAACAUUUUGGUCAAGCGGAAAGUUAAGCAUCUCCAUGUUUUAGAUCGUUCAUGGAACAACACUGAUCGUCUCCAUAUACCUCCUACCGUUUACACGUGUGAGAGCUUGGUAACCUUAAAGCUCCAAAGCGUACUCUUGGCUAAUCCACCAGAGUUGAUUUCCUUACCUUGUCUCAAAGUGAUCGAGCUUGAAUAUGUUGAGUGUGGAAACGAUUCAUUGGCUUUCCAAGUGCUCAUCUCUGGCUGCCCAGUUCUCGAAAGCUUAGUCAUAGGGAGGAGCCUUUGUGAUGAUACACAAGUCUUACGUGUGCUUUCUAAGUCUUUAUUGAGCUUCACUCAUACUGCGGACUCUGACGAUACCGUUGAAGAUCUAACAGUUGCAAUUGAUGCUCCUAAGCUUGAGUAUCUGAGGCUCAGUGAUCAUCGAGUUGCAAGUUUCAUACUGAAUAAUCUGGUUUCCCUUGUAAAAGCGGAUAUCGAUAUUGUGUUUGACUUGACUUCCGGAAAAGUGUUUGAUCCAAAUGAUCUACAAAAGAGAAGUAUGAUUCGCAAGUUUCUUGUGGGGAUCUCUAAUGUCAAUGAUUUGACCAUUUCCUCGAGUACUCUUGAGGUCAUUUAUGAUUACUCAAGAUGUGAACAACUGCCAUUAUACCGUAACCUAUCUUUCUUGCGUGUUGAGUUCGGCGACUACCAAUGGGAAAUGUUGCCAGUGUUUCUUGAGAGCUGUCCCAAUCUUAAAUCUCUUGUUGUGGGAUCUCAUUACGAUCAGGUAGAGGGGAAUGAUAUUUUGUUCGAGCCUCGGAGUUACCUAUCAUCUCUGGAGUAUGUUGAGAUACAAAGGCCAUUAAAAGGAGAGGCCAAGGAGAUGGAACUAGUGAGUUACUUACUUGAGUACUCUAAAAUCCUCAAGAACCUAACCUUAUGCUUGGAUGAUUCCAUAAAGAACGAAGAAUCUGUCAUCCUCAGAGAAAUCCUUAACAUUCCGAGACUCUCUAGCUCAUGCCAAGUUGUCGUUCUCUGA